AUGACGAAAGACGCUUUGGUCUGGUUCUCCAAUUUACCCGCCGAGUCGAUCGACAAUUUCGACGACCUAACUAAUGCUUUCCUAAAGCAUUAUUCUAUGCAAAUGACCCGAGUCACCCGGAACAUGUUCACCAUGACGCAAGUCCAAGGAAAAUCCUUGCGAGAGUUCAUGGGGAAGUUCAAGAAAGCAGCCCGUGACGUCGGAGACAUGCCAGAUAGCGUUCCGCUGGAGACGCUCCGCAAUGGCCUCUGGUACGAUUCUAAGUUCAAAGAGGACUUAUCGCUGAGACCCCCACAACUUUGA